GCAGGGAGAGGCAUGAGAUUUUUUCACAAGUCCACAUGCUCAACAGAGAGCUCAUUUACACAUUUUGCUAAAGUUGCUCAUUAAAAAAUCAAAGAAAGUUAUUUUUGAUUGACUUGUUUAUCAGUUUGAUAAAAUGAAGCUGUUUACUCACAAUAUGCUAACUUCGAAAAUGAUAAAGAACGUGCAGGUUGGAUAUCCGCUGAAGUUGAAGGCGACCGAAGUUAAAAACGUGACGCAAGAAUUUCAGCCCACAUUGGUUUCAAAAGUGCUUCCUAGAGUAAAUUGGUCCGCGUUGGUGGAAGCGACGCAAAGCUUGGGUCACGGAGACGCAGUACCAGCCACUCUCGCGGAGGAUUAUGAUAAGAAUGAAGAAUUUUUAAAGAUGGCUCAUCACGCUUUAUUUGAAAUUGAAGUAAUUACUGGGGAAUUGGAAUGUCCUGAAACUGGAAGAAAGUUUAAAAUUCAGAGAGGAAUCCCAAACAUGCUAGUAAAUGAAGACGAAGUUUAAUAUUUAACUUUAAUUUACUGUAAAUAGUUUUAUGACAUAACAUGUUUCACAUUUGUUUGAUUUUUACUAACAAAAAUACGUAUAAUGUGUCGGAUACGAUGUUAACUGUAUAAUUUUGUGUCGUAAUUGAAUAAUCAUCUUUUCAAUAUCAAGAGUUCGUAGGAAAAUUCUUAUUAAAUCCUUUAAUUUCUCAAGUCUGCUCCACA